CCCCACCUUACCCAAUGCCAUCUCCAGAGACCCGACCGCGUUGACAAUUGCUAGCAAUUUGCACAAUGUGGACUUCAUCGCUCCAGCACGCCCUUCCCGUGACAUGAGCAAAGUACGCAAUGCGUGCCGAUCGAAUUACCGACUUCCGAUCUUCGCUCGCGCCUUGAAUUGAACAUCAAUCCAUCACGCCCGGUAGCGACGACAUCACAAACACCAUGUCUGAAGAGUCGGGAGAGAAGGGAGCGCAGAAGCCAGUCGUGACGUUUCUGGGGCCUGUCGCGAGCUAUACACACCAGGCCACGCUCUCCGCCUUCCCCAACUCCACCCACACCCUCACUCCCACCACCACCAUCGAAGACGUCUUCGCCUCCGUCCAAUCCGGCGCCGCAGCUCGCGGCGUCGUCCCCUUUGAGAACUCCUCCAACGGCUCUGUAGUCUUCACCCUCGACCUCUUCGCCGACGUUCAGGCCAAGUACCCCGACAUCGUCGUCUGCGCGGAGUCCUACGUGCCCGUGCAGCACUGUCUGCUUGGGCAUGCUAGGUCUGAUCAGCAGCAUGCCACGUCGUUAUCUAGUCCCGGGAAUGCUGGCGGCGCAGGGAGGCGCGCUGGCACAGGCGUAAUCCCUUCCCCGCUCUCCUCCGGCGCCGUAACACCCACUCCCUCCAUCCCCAACCCCACCAAACCCACCGCCCGCCCCCUCUCCGACCUCUCCCGCAUCACCAAGCUGUACUCGCACCCGCAAGCCUGGGGCCAGUGCAAAGUCUUCCUCAACACGUACCUCAAGGGCGUCGAGCGGCAGGACGUGUCGUCGACGAGCCGCGCGGCGCAGAUAGUCGCUGAGGAUGAGAGCGGCGAGAGCGCGGCGGUGAGCAGUGCGUUUGCGGCGGAGGUGUGCGGGUUGGGGGUGCUGGCGAGGGGGAUUGAGGAUAGGGUGGACAACACGACGAGGUUUUUGGUCAUCAAGCGACGAGGGGACGGGCGUGCGGAUGGGAAAGAUGGAGCCGACGGCGAGUGGAAAACGCUCGUCAGCUUCACCGUCGACCAUGCGAAUCCCGGGUCGCUGGCGCACUCGCUGGCCGUGUUUGAGAAGUACGAGCUCAACCUCACGUCCAUCAAUACGCGGCCUUCGGGCGUGGAGAACUGGAACUACAUCUUCUUUGUGGAGCUCAAAGGGAGGAGGGAAGAGGGGACGUUGGACGGCCCGGUCAACGAGGCGCUGAGGGAGCUCGACCCUGUGUGCAGAUCGUGGCGCUGGCUGGGCAGCUGGGAGUCUAGACUUCCGCAACGAUAGAAAAGUAUUCCUUCAAUCAAUACAUCGAGCAUACCGCCAUGUGCA